AUGCAGGUCCUGCACGCGCGGGUGGACCUGUUCGACCCCCGGGCUCGGUACGUCCUGCUCGCGCACUCCGCCGGCGGUGCCGUGCUCUCUCGCCUGCUGGACCUGCUGAUGAACGGCGAGAGCCUGGUCCUGGGCCACGGGCGCGAGUCCGCGGUGCUCACAGGAGAGCUGGACUGCUACCUCACCAGGCAUCCACUGAAGCAGUGCGAGGUGACCCACCACGACAAGCAGUUCACUCGGCCAGCGGCGGUGGUUGCGAUGGAGCCGAGCCUGCUGUUCUUCGACGUGACCGAGAGGCAAUAUUCUGAGGACAUCGCCGACGCGUUGGAAAAGGGCCAGGUUCGAGAGUUCUGGGAUCUGCAAGGCAACAAAGAGCACUCUGGAGGUAAACUGCCUGGCCACUUCAGUACCGUGGGCAAUUGGGCAGCUGACCUCGCGUCGCUGGUUGAAGCGCCCAAAGACGCAGGUUGGAUUACGGAUGCCAUCGAGAACAAAGGAUGGACGUGGAACAUGUUUCGAGGGUUGUGCGCAGGUCUUGUCCACUGGUGCCCAGAGUCGAACCCGCAAGCUGAGUUUGUCGCACAGUACAUCAAAGAAGGUGGCAGCUUCACUUACGUGGCAGGCACGGAGACGGACAAUAAAUUCCGGGCCCACAUGGUUAAAGUUGUGUUGGAGAAAGAGUACGGGUUGAAGGCGGUUGAGACUAGUGGAGAAGGUGGCGUCAAGGAUCUCAAAGAUGGACAAGAGUAUUAUUUCCAUGCGAUUCCUGAGGCUGGGCACGAGAUGUACGCAGACAACUUGCCGGUGACAAGUGAUCUGAUUAGCGUAGGGUUGAUGACCGACUUACCUAAAUUGUUUGCAGGUGUGGAAGAUGAAAUUCUCCACAAGAGGCAGUAG